CGCGUGAGUCUGCUAUUCUAGCAUCUUUCGUAAAUCUUGGACAGACAGGCCGUCCCUCGCGAAGUGAUUCGCCAUUAUUGAACAGCAUGAAGCAAAAUCUCUGUUAUCUCGUAGUUGCGGUGCUGUUACCGCAGGAGAUUUUGGCCUUUCUGCCAGUCGCUCAUCCCUUUUUUCGACCAUCCUCAAGCAAUCUAUUUUUAGCCCGAGAGAGAGGCGACGCGACCACAGCGAAAAGUCGCAAGCGAUCUAAAGUAACCGACCCAGCUGGUCCGACUCCACAACUGGAAAGCGACGAAAUUGAGGAAAUCGAUCCCGAAUCCGUGGAAGAACUCCGUGACAUUCGGAGUCAGUCCGAACUUCCGCAUCCAGUUCCACACCAACCCUGGCGUCGUGGCGAUACGGCCGGUUGUGAAGCUCCUAUUGCGGCCGAGUGGAGACAAGAAGCAGAGGAUCUCAUUAUCAAAGCUGUGGCGUUUGUCGGUGGUCGUGUUCUUGACGUUACGUGGUUUCUGACACAACUAGUUGUGACAAUUGACGAAGAGUCCAUGCCUCCCCGCGAUUUCCUGAAAGCCGAAGGCCCCGUCAUCAACGUCCAAGACCCAUCAGUGCCGCGCUUUUACGACCCAGAUGACCCAACUCCGGAAGAUAUAUGGGAUGACGAAGAAGACUUCUUGUAUCAACGUGAGACGGAAGAGGAAGCAGCGAAUGCAGAAACUCGCCGUAACAAUUUGUAUGCAACGAAGGAUGCUGACGAUGACCCCGACGAGCCGCACAAUCCCGAUAUGGCGGACGGGGAUGACGCACCGCGACUCCGCAAUGUGGAAACUAGAGACGAAGUUGCCUACGGGGUGGCUCUCGAAGAGGAGAACCGAUUUGAAGAAUUGGAGAAGCCGAUUGAUUUAGAUACUCUGCAACUAGAUAAAGCGGGGCUUUCCACUAUUGCCAAUGCUAUUCUGGAUGUCCUUGGUGACGCUGAGGAGGAGUUGCAGAUACUUAGUCGUCACGAGCUUAUUUUGACAAGUCCGGGACCUGUGGAUGUGUUGGAAACACAGCGGCAGUUUGACGCGUAUCGGGAUAAGGACGUGAUGGUGGAAACGCAAGACCCGUUCAACUCAAAUCGUACUCUUAAGGGGAAGCUUGUGGAUCGCAACGCCAUGGACUUGAUUAUCAACAAGAAGGGACGCAUGGUGACAAUUCCUCUCAAUUUCGUCAAGUGCGUAAGAUUGCCUCCUCACGAACUUAACAAAGAGUACGACGCUGGAGAGAUAGAAGCGUACGAAGAAGAAUUAGAGUAAAUCAAUUGUAAGCCUUUCUACUCUAUGCG